AUGUGGCGAACCGCCGCCAAGCUCGCCGCCCUCGGGGCGCCGAGGCGGGUCCCCGCCGCCGCCGCCGCCGCUGUUAGGUUGGGGUUUCCGGAGGUGCUCCCGCGCCGGAGCGGGGAGGUCUCGUCGAACGAGGAUUUCGUGGGGCGGCCCAGCUUCGGGCUGGGGCUGACCGGGUUUUGCCCCAAGGGGUACGCGAGCGUGGCCGAGGCGGAGGUGGCGUCGUCGACGGACGUCGAGGAGGAGGUCUCGGUGGCCGAGGAGGAGGAGGUGAAGGAGCUGCUGGAGGAGAUGACCAAGGUGGAGAGGAAGGAGAAGGUGUAUUGGAAUAGGCAGCGGAACUUGGCCGCCAGGGGAAUGGGGAGCACGAAGUAUCACCGGCUGAGGAGGAGGCAAGUGAAGGCCGAGUGCGAGGCGUGGCAGCGGGCGGCCAAUGAGUAUAAGGAGCUGUUGAACGAUAUGUGCGAGCACAAGCUGGCUCCGAAUCUGCCGUAUAUGAAGUCUCUGUUUUUAGGCUGGUUCGAGCCUCUGCGAAAUACCAUCGCCGCGGAGCAAGAGUCGUACAGGUCGGGCAAGAGGAAGACGGCUUAUGGUCGUUUCUUCGAUCAGUUGCCAGCGGAUAUGAUGGCAGUGAUCACGAUGCAUAAAUUGAUGGCGCUGAUGAUGACGGGAGGAGAACAUGGUCAUGGCCACGCCCGAGUUAUACAGGCAGCUUGCACGAUAGGCGACGCUGUUGAGCAGGAGGUUAAAAUACAAAGUUUCUUGAAAAAAACGAAAAAGAAGAAGGUAAAAGAAGGUGAUGAAGACAGAGGAGAUGAAACAAAAGCUGCAUCCCAGGAGCAAGAGAAGUUAAGGCACAAAGUCACUGAUCUGUUAAAAAAACGUAAAUUACCGGCAGUGCAGAAGCUAGUGAAGGGACAGGACGAUUUGAAGCCCUGGGGGCAGGAGGCAAAAGCAAAGGUGGGAAGCCGUCUGAUCGAGUUGUUAAUACAAACUGCAUACAUCCAACCUCCUGCUAAUCAAUUGGCCGAAGAUCCACCUGAAAUACGACCUGCAUUUUUGCAUACAUUCAGGACUGUUACAAGAGACACAAAGAGUUCCAGCCGAAGAUAUGGUCUUAUCCAGUGCGACCCAUUAAUUCUCAAAGGCCUGGAACGAACAGCAAGACAUAUGGUGAUUCCAUAUAUGCCGAUGUUGGUACCACCUGUCAAAUGGACAGGUUAUGAUAAAGGGGCGUACAUGUUCUUACCUUCUUCUGUCAUGCGCACGCAUGGAGUUAGACAACAACGUGAAGCAGUUAAGAGGGCCCCUCUCCAGCAACUUCAAACAGUAUUUGAGGCUUUAGAUAUAUUAGGGGCUACUAAAUGGCGGGUCAACAAAAGGGUGCUUUCUGUUGUGGAUAGGAUAUGGAAUAGUGGGGGCCGCCUUGCGGAUCUUGUGGACCGUAAUGAUAUAGCUUUGCCGGAGAAGCCAGAUACAGAAGAUGAAGCACAGAUAAGAAAAUGGAAGUGGAAAGUCAAAUCCACCAGAAAGGAAAACAGGGAGAGACAUUCACAGCGUUGUGACAUAGAACUUAAACUUGCAGUUGCAAGAAAAAUGAAGGAAGAAGAGGGUUUUUAUUAUCCGCAUAAUCUCGACUUCCGUGGUCGUGCCUACCCCAUGCACCCUUACUUAAAUCAUCUUGGUUCAGAUUUAUGUCGUGGCAUUUUGGAGUUCGCUGAGAGUCGCCCCCUUGGAAAGUCGGGUUUGCGCUGGCUGAAAAUUCAUUUAGCCAACUUAUAUGCUGGUGGAGUGGACAAAUUGUCUCACGAGGGAAGAUUAGCCUUUACAGAAAAUCACUUGGAUGAUAUAUUUGAUUCUGCUGACCGGCCUCUUGAAGGAAAGCGAUGGUGGUUGAAUGCUGAAGACCCAUUCCAGUGCUUGGCCGUUUGCAUUAAUCUUACUGAAGCUUUGAGAAGCUCUUCUCCGGAGACCUUUAGAUCAAAUAUACCUGUCCACCAGGAUGGUUCCUGCAAUGGUUUGCAACACUAUGCGGCCCUUGGAAGAGACAAGUUGGGUGCAGCUGCUGUCAAUUUGGUUGCAGGAGAGAAGCCUGCUGAUGUUUACUCUGGAAUAGCAGCUCGAGUACUUGAAAUAAUGCAAAUGGAUGCAAAAAAAGAUCCAGCUGUGUUUCGAGAUGCGUUGCAUGCAAGAACCUUAAUUCAUCAGGUUGAUAGAAAGUUGGUGAAGCAGACAGUUAUGACGUCUGUAUAUGGUGUCACUUAUAUAGGUGCCCGGGAUCAGAUAAAGAGGAGGUUGAAGGAACGUGGUGCGAUUAUGGAUGAUACAGAACUUUUCCGUGCUUCUUGCUACGCUGCAAAGACCACCUUAACUGCUCUAGGGGAGAUGUUUGAAGCAGCAAGAAGUAUUAUGAGCUGGCUUGGUGACUGCGCCAAGAUUAUUGCAUCUGAGAAUCAACCAGUUCGGUGGACAACUCCCCUUGGGCUUCCUGUGGUGCAACCGUACCGUAGAGUAGGAAGACAUCUCGUUAAAACUUCACUUCAGAUUUUGACAUUGCAACGUGAAACUGAUAAGGUCCUGACCAAGCGUCAGAGAACAGCUUUCCCCCCAAAUUUUGUGCACUCACUUGAUGGUUCUCAUAUGAUGAUGACAGCAGUUGCCUGCAAGACGGCAGGGUUGAACUUUGCAGGGGUUCACGAUUCCUACUGGACACAUGCAUGUGAUGUGGAUGAAAUGAAUAGGAUACUGAGGGAGAAAUUUGUUGAACUUUAUGAAACUCCGAUCUUGGAAAAUUUGCUGGAGAGCUUUCAGAAUUCUUUCCCUUCAUUAUCUUUUCCUCCUUUGCCUGAACGAGGUGACUUCGAUCUUAAAGAUGUUCUCGACUCGGCUUAUUUCUUCAACUAAUCCAGCCUGAGGAUUUCAAUUUGUACUCAGCUGGCUUAGGCCUGUGCCCCUAUGAUAGCAGCCAUGGUGCAUGACACAUAUCACUAUAGUUUGACUUGAGGGUUGUCAGAGGGUCUCCAGUAGGAGUUCUUGCAUCAUGCGAUGCGUACAUCUCAUGUACAUGUCUGGAGCCGUCAGAUCUCUGUCCAAUUAUUACAUAAUGUUGGGCCUUGGUAUCGAAUCACAUCAGACUUAACCAGAUGUGAGCUGCCUUAAUCUAGACAGCAUGAGUUGGAUCUUAAAACAAUUAAAAGGUCAGCCACCUUGUAUGCAUGGGGAUACCGACAGCAUGACCACAUACAAAACUUCCAAAGUGAUGAGAAUAGUGAUCAUGGGAUGUCAGACUUGACUCAGGAAUUUGCAUCUUGUGGGGAAUGUCGACCUCUCUUCAGCUAGCACCGUGGGUAAAAUCCAGGUAUUUUUCUAAAGAAGCCAGGUGAUCCACAAGGAUAAGAGAACUCGCCCUGGUUGCCUAUGCUUUGAGAUCUGUCCCGCUACCAUCUGUAAUUGUCAAGUACAUAUGGUUCUACGACUUCUUGUGGUGCUCAAGACAUUAACCAUCAGUCAGUCUCUCUCUCUCUCUCUCUCUCUCUCUCUCAAUGUAAAGUGUAGAAAAAGGAGGAAUAGGAUUGUUGUUUCAUGAAACUCAAUUGCUUUAUGCAUAUGUACAGAGGUUAACAAAUUUGAUGGCACAAGUGAAAAUCCAAUUUCUAGUUGCAGAUGCCUUUUUCCCUUUCUUAUUUUCUUUGACAAAAACGUCAGAUGGCGUGGCAUUGUAAACUUCAGCUCUCAGUGAAACCGCUGGGAGAACAUUUUAUGUUGAUCUUUUCUGCCUGUCAUUA